AUGACGGAGAUUGGUGAGCCACAGUUGCCGGUCAACGAUAGUGAAUAUGUGGAUCUUGAUGAAUCAAAGUCCAGCGAAAGAGUUCGUAAACAAGAACCAUACACCAGAAGCCUGGAUAAUCACCUCAUCAGGAUUUCUUUAUGCGCCAUUCAGCCUACUGUGGAUGGGCUAUCUUUUGCUCCCUCCAAGUUCGUAUGCAACAACAGGUUACUGAGUGAGGUUGAUGCCCUGAAGAAAUUCAUCUUCCUGUGCCAAAUCAAUAUUGCUUUCAACGAGUUGACAGAUCUAACACCGUUGGAACAUUUGCAUAACCUCAUGAUACUCAACGCAUCGUAUAAUCAGAUCGAGCAGUUCCCUACUGGAAAAUGGCCGAGGCUCACUCACUUGCAUCUACACCAUAACAGAAUAUCCCAGCUACGUUGUAUGUGCAUGCCAAGAUUAAAAGUACUCUCAUUGAAUUUUAACCGGAUUACUCGACUCUACGAUCCCGAUACUGGUGAGCCCUUUCUAACGGACCACGCCCUACCGCAGUUACAUACAUUGGAGCUUGCACAUAACAGACUUUACCUUCUGCACACAGCAUCAUCAGAUGAUGUGUCAGCACCCAAUGCACUGAAGAUUGAGCUAUCUAACUUGCGAGCAUUAUUUCUGGACCACAAUGCUUUGACUACGCUUGCAGUUUACAAGCGAACCAUUCCGAUGUCAACGGAGGCUGAUACAAUGGAAGACAUAAGCCAUAACACCGACGAAGUAGUCCAGGCGGAAAGUAAUAAACAAGGUUCACCAGGAGUCAUGCACGCAAAAUCCGAAGAAGACGAUUUUGGAUCGAAUCCUAAACCUGCAUUCUCUAGUGACAACAUUACUGAGUUCGAUUUCGUCAUAGACGAAGACGGAUCUGCUCUGGGACAACUGCCGCAAUUGUCAGUACUCAGUCUGAGGGCAAAUGGAAUGCGUGAGCUGGAUGGUUUCACAUACGCAUCAGUGCCAAAUCUUCAAUACCUUAACUUACGGGAAAAUAUGAUUGCUUCAAUGAAAGAAGUGAAAAAGCUUCGGGUGUUGCCUUCACUAGAAACAAUCAUCUUGUUGGACAAUCCCAUCUAUGACACGAAGGCCUAUCGAUUGGAGAUGCGCGUCAGUAUUAAAACACUUCGAAGGUUAGACAAAGAUGUGUAUACCGCCGAAGAGAAUGAAGAAGCAGAUCAGUUGGCAGAAAUGAGGAAAACACAGAGCGCGAAUGCGGAAACAUAA